AUGGCCAAGGCCGGCGACUGGAUCCCCAGCCCCCUGAGCGACGAGACGAAGCUCGUCCACGCCGGCGUGUCGCCGGACAAGGAGACGGGCGCCAUCCUGACGCCCAUCCACCAGUCGACGACCUUCGUCCAGGAGUCCAUCGACAAGUACAUGGGCAAGGGCUACUCCUACAGCCGGACGACGAACCCCACGGUCAAGGUGCUCGAGGCGAAGAUCUCGAGCCUCGAGAGCGCCGCGGGCACGACGUGCUUCGCGACGGGCAUGGCCGCGACGGUCACGGUCAUGUCGGCCUUCCUCGAGCAGGGCGACCACUGCGUGCUGACGAACUGCUCCUACGGCGGCACGAACCGCGUCGCGCGCAUGCAGUUCAUGCGCUACGGCAUCGAUUUCUCGUUCGUCGACUUCCGCGACCUCGCGGCGGUCAAGGCCGCGAUCACGCCGAAGACGAAGCUCAUCUUCUCGGAGACGCCGGCGAACCCGACGCUCACGCUCACGGACCUCGCGGCGCUCAGCGCCAUCGCCAAGGCCGCGGGCGUGCUCCACGUCUGCGACGCGACGUUCGGCACGCCGCUCAUGCUCAAGCCCAUCGAGCUCGGCUGCGACAUGUCGCUCCACUCGACGACCAAGUACUUCGACGGCCACAACAUGACCGUCGGGGGCUGCGUCUCCUGCGCGACGAAGGAGCUCGACGACCGCCUCCACUUCGUGCAGAACAUGCACGGCAACAUCAUGACGCCGCACACCGCGUUCCUCACGCUCCAGUCCUGCAAGACCAUGGCCGUGCGCUGCAAGCAGCAGGCGGCCAACGCCAUGGCCGUCGCGACCUUCCUCGAGGGCCACGCCAAGGUCGAGACCGUGCGCUACCCGGGCCUCGCGUCGUUCCCCCAGAAGGCGCUCGCGGACAAGCAGCACAACGACGGCUUCCACGGCGGCAUGCUCUGGUUCGAGGUCAAGGGCGGCAGCGCCGCGGGCCGCAAGCUCAUGGACACGACGCCGCGCCCCUGGUCCCUCUGCGAGAACCUCGGCGCCGUCGAGUCCAUCAUCACGUGCCCGUCCGUGAUGACGCACGCGAACAUGCUCGCCGAGGACCGGCUCAAGGUCGGCAUCACCGACGGCUUCAUCCGCAUCUCCUGCGGCAUCGAGGACGCCAAGGACCUCAUCACGGCCCUCAAGACGUCGCUCGACGCGCUCUAG